AUGGAGGAGUAUGUCCGUGAGGUGCGGACGCAUCCCCUACUUCUCGCCUCGCUUCUGGGUGCCACGGCCCUUCAACCGAAGCUAAUUGAGGCGUUGCAUGACGCGGCCAUCGCUGCUUGCGGAGUCAAGCGCACAAAGUACUUGUCCUCGACAUACGACAUGCGCAUCCUGCCAGCAAAACGUGGUGGUCGUGACUCCCCGGGCUACCGGGUGGAAGGCAUCCUGAAGCGGCGCUGGCUGGAGAAGUUGUGCAACGGCAUCCCUGCUGUCCUCAUCCUGUGCAUCGAUUGGUCCGCAGACCUGCGGCAGCCAGAACAGGAGGAGUCGCAGGUGCUGCAUUACUUGCAGCAUGCCCGACGGCAAGCGAAGGAGCGCGACCUUCGAUUGCUGAUUUUCAUCGUUCUCCACGAGAGCACAGCAGACCCGGAGGCUGCUUGCGCGUUCCUCCGCAAUCAGCCUGAGUUUGCUGGACUUGUGGUGGCGGUUGGGACAAGCGAUCUGCCGAUGAAGGCGCCGAAGCUCGAGCGCCUCAUCUACCAGAGUGCCAUGUCCUUUUAUGCAGAUGAGGAGAAGCGGCUGCGCAAGCCGUGGGCACCAAAAGUUCCGGUCUCAACAUCGGCGCACACUGCCAUGCAGGUCAGAAUGCACUUCAAGGUUGCCUUUCUGAACGAAUUCCGCAAAGAUGUGCGCGCCGCCUUGACAUUCUACAUCAAGGCCUAUGAGCUGCUGCUCAACGAGUCCGAUAUUGCUGAUGCCGUCGAAAGAAUGGAUCUGUGCAACCACAUAACUGUCAGGAUGUAUGAGAGAUACUUUGCAUCACACGAUGUGGGUGCUGCUGUUCACCAUUGCCGCGUGCACACGUCCUCGCUCCGAAGAUGCUGCGCCGAUGACGACGAGCUGGUAUGGCGAAAGUUUCGCUGGUUGUCUCUGAAUCAUGUUAUCUUUGGUGACUUCCUCGAUACAAUGUCACAAAAGGCGCCUAUGCUUAUCGACCAGAAUGACCUCUGGCAGUUCCCAGGAUAUCACUACCAGGUGGCGGCGAGCUAUGCCAGACGACUACGUGAGUGGGCGUUGCGCUGCCUGGAACCCGGGCACCUGCCAGCCCCAAAGGGCGAGGGCGGCGAGCUCCGAGCCUCUCCAUUCUUGGGCCAGGCUGGAGUGCUGGAGCGGCCGUCAGAGGUCGAGGCACCUGCCAGAGAGGUGACCUUGCGGCUGGCACAUGCGGAGGCAAAACUCUGCACGGAGCAUGCAGACCGCAGCUUGAAGCUGUUGAUCCGGGCACAGGCCGCUGCGAAGGAGCGCGGCUAUUCCGCGUGGAUCCUGGCCUCGCAAGCCCGUGUGGCUGAGGCUUACCUUUGUGAGCCUGGCAGUGGGCAUCAAGAAGCUGCACGCAAUUUGUUUGAGCGUUUGCGGCAGAUGCCGGCACCUUCCUGGCCGUCGCUGCGACGAUUUGCUUUGGAGCGCUCACUGCUUUGUUGUUUGACAGCACUGGGCCUUCCGGUGCCUGCACUUUGUUCCUCAAGUCGAGCAACUCCUGCCAGCUCAUCCGUGGACUCUUCGGCUGAGCCGUCACCAACGCAGGACCAUGGCAUGUUGAGGAGGAGUUUGGUCCAAGAUGCCUUCGAGUACAUGAAGCUUCCAGAAUCUGCGGUCUCAGCCGACUUGAGCCAGGCAGAAGAGCUUGCGGCCUUGGUUGUGCGAGCUGCUCAGGAAGAGGCUGACAGCAUCGAGGUGCAACUAAGCCAAUGCCAGGUUACCUGGAGCCAGGGCGCAGAAGAUCCAGAUGUGUUUCAUGUGGUCUUCGACAAGCUUGAACUGCCCAUCAGCUUGGAGCUGGCAAGUGCUUCUGCAAGCACUACCACCGGCUCUGUGCCUUUGACCAUCGAACAGAGUGAAAGUCAGAUCUGGGAGGCCGGCUGCCCUUUGCGGCUCCGGGGCUCGUUACCCGGGGCUGGCGCAGCGGUGACGACGGUGCGCCUGACUUGGGCCCGGUCUACAUCAGUGGUAUUUCUAGGCAUGUGUGAGCAGCCCUGCGAUUCCUGCGACUUGAUCAGUGACGCUGGACGUCACUCGGGGUUUCCGGCCUUCAACCUUGUUGACGGCACCUCGAGUGCGCAGGCGUCCAAGGAAGGUGCACGGAAACCCAGCGACCUCCGGCUGAAGCUGGAGGCGGAGACGGUUCUCCCGGUGGAGCCCGUGGCUGCCUUGGUGUCCGAGUGUUUCAUCUUCUAUGUCGUGAUCUACGCAUGGCCGGAGCGACCGUCAACAGAAUCCUGCCAAAUAAGUCUUUCUUGCCAUGCCCGUUUCAGCGAGGACCUGGAUGACAGCACCCCCGCACACUUAGCGGAAAAGCCCACGGGCCUUCGCAUAGACCUCCUGAAGGCUUCCGGUGCUAACAAGCCCUUUGAUCUGGAGCCUCUGGCACUGGGUACCUCGAAAGUGGUGGCAGGUUUUUCCACGUCCGAGCUUAAGGCAUCCGACGAUCUCCUCGGUCUGCUGCCGGCUGACCUACAGGGGGCGCCACUUCGGCUUCGUCACAGAUCCUCCCAAAGCGCAUCCUACUUUGCUCUGCCCUUGGCAGUCCGCUGCGAGCACGCCUGUGGCGUAGCUCUGGGGCUCGAGGUGCAGCAGAUCGGUGGGGAUGCGGUGGCGCAGUGCUGGACCCCACAGAUCAAGUUCAAGCAUGGUGUGAAACUGCACACUGCAGAGGAGCGCUUAUCAGCGGCGAUGCUGGCUCAGAAGCCUGUCUCCUUUUCUUUGCGGUGCCACCUUCCCACAGCUGUGGAGACUGUCAAGGCAGAGGUAUUUUAUACACCUGAAGGCUCAGACACAGAGCAGACCGUGGCUUGUCUUGGCAAAAUGGGUCAGAUGCAACCUGGAUCCUCCUAUGCAUUUUUAUGGCCUGUGGAACCAGGAUUGGUGCUGAAGUCUCGGCCCCGUUUACGGGUGUGCUUCCAGCGCUACCAGGCCGUUCAAGCUUUCUUCCCGUGGAAGGACACCAAAAGCACUUGGCCGCCCAACCCGAUGCCUGCUGCAGUGGUUGAGUGGAUGCUGCCUGUGCCGACAGCAGCUGCUUUUAGCAGCCAAAGCUUGCAAGUGGAGCUACAGGCAAGCAGCACGGGAACGGUUGGAACAUCCUUAGCUGUGCAGGUUCGCCUGAAGUAUGCCAGAUCCGUGGAUCAUGACGAAAUCAAGAUUCGCGUCCUGCAGGGAGAAGGCGAGGUUCCGGACCGGUACCUCCUGUCUGGGCCGACGUGCUACCAGGCUGCUUGCCUUCCCGCAUCUGACCCCAACGACGUUAUUCCUGGCUUUGCACUGAUUCCAUUGAAGACCGGCUGGCUCUCCCUGCCAAGAGUGCAGGUUGUGGAGCUGAAAGACUCUGGUCAUGCGCCACUCGACGGACGUGUAAACAUCGCUGAGCUUCUCAAGGAAUCUCCAAUUUACAAGAAGCCCUCGUCACGCAACUACGUCGAUGACUUCGAAUUCCCCACGCUCGACAAGCUGGAGCAGGGCUCAAGAAACAUUGAGCCCAUAGCGGCCUUGGUGUCACCAGUCUUCUGCAGCUGGUCUGAAGAGAUGGGAAAGCGGAAGUUCGGGCUCGAGGGAGUACCCGACCCCAAAGCAUUGGGCCGCCCGGUUCUCCUGGUUGGAAAUCAUCAGCUUUUCGCACUUGAUUUAGGCCCACUUGUUCGUGAGUUCCUCAUCGAGAAGGGCUACGCUGCGAGAGGUCUGGCGCACCCGAUCAACUUUCCAGAAGUUUUCAGCAGCUUGGUGUCAACAACUGUCACGACAGAUGACCCAGGUUACUUGGACUCCACAGGUCUUCCCUUCGAGCUUCGUGCAGCUGCGAAAGCGGGCCAGAAAGCAGUGGAGGAGCUCACUGGGCAAGGCAAGAAAAGUCAGCCCAUGGGACCUUUCGGAAUGGGUGCGGGCGAGCAUGCCGACAUGGAGAGUGAUGGUGAGCUGGGUGUGGGCGAGAACUUCGGCGUCGGCGGCGCUUUUGCGAAAUGGGGUGCAGUUCCUGUGACGCCGCGAAACUUCGUACGGCUGCUGCAGCGAAACGAGGCUGUCCUGUUGUUCCCUGGCGGUGCCCGUGAAGCAUGUCACGGUCCCACAGAGAAGUACCAGCUGUUCUGGCCCUCCCAGACUGACUUCGUGCGUGCUGCAGCUAGGUUCAAUGCGGUCAUCGUACCCUUCGGAGGAGUGGGCAGUGCGGACAACGUGCGGGUGAGUGAACGCAGCGAGAUGUCCGAGAAAGACCGCGAGGGCUGGAAGAAGCUGUUGUCAGGAGGUGGUGGCAUGUCAUCCGUAUCCGAAGCACUUGCGGAGCCACCGAGCUUCUCUGCUCCAGUCCCACGUUUGCCACCAGCGUCCCAAACUUCAUCUGGCUUUGGAGACCGCUUUUAUUUCAGCUUCGGCAAGCCGGUCGACCUAGCAGAGGUUGACCCGAAAGACAAGGAUGCAUGCGAGGAGAUCUACGCCAAAUUGAAAGGCGAUGUGGAGCGGGAGAUCGCGUGGCUGUUGGAAAACAGGGUCAAGGACCCCAAUCGUGACUUCGUGAGGUCGGGCACUUGUUUCUGUUUCCGUGGGGAAAGACCCUCUGACAUGCAGCGUUUGCCACGCCGCAUACUGCCAAAAUCUGCAGAUGCAGACGACGGGCCACUCGGUUUUCACUCACUUUGA